AUGAAUGGCUACGCAUACAAUGGCGGAUACGUCUCCGCCCACGGCAUGGAACAACACGAUGACGGCGCCGAUAGCAUGAUGAUGAUGGGUCCCGAGUCAAUGCCGCCGCCGGGCACAAUGGUGGGCGGACAGUCGCUGGACGACAUUGUCAACCAGAAUGCGAAGAUGAUCCGGAGACAGAGCAUGCCGCAGCAGUUCUCAACCAGCCCACAACACUUGAACCCAAAUAUGAGACGCGUGUCCAUGAUGGAUUAUGGCGCCACUUCGCCCGCUGGAUCGGCUGCCCAAGUGCAAUACCAAUACGGCCCGAGCGAAAGCGUCGACUCGGGAGCCUAUACACCCAAUGCAGUCACGCCAGGCCCACGACCAGCGCUCCAGAACCAGCAUCGGUCGUUGUCUGCACGGCGAGGCUCUGGUGGAGAACUCUCAGUCAAUACCCACUUUGGCACUCCUCAGAACUACACAUCCAUGAUGCCACCGAACUCUGCCUAUGCCACAUCGCCUGCCCAUCCCAAUGCGACCAUGGACUUGCAGAUGGAAAGCCCGUAUGUUGAUUCUGGUAUGACCAUGAACCUGGAGUACGCUAUGGACCACAACAUGAAUGGCACCAUGAGCGGCGAUACAAUGCCUGUGAACCUUUACAGUCAACCUCAAUUCAGCCAUACUCCCCUGAGCUCUCCAAUGCAUCCCGCGCAACAGCAUGGGACGCCGCAUUCUGGCAGAGUGUCCGCUCACGACACUGGUGGGAAUGGCGGUAUGCAGAGUCAGACGCCUUAUGCCCAGACGGGAAGCUCGCACAGCACUAUCCGGCAACUCUCGCGGGCACAAAGUCUUCAUGUGCCGGAUAUGCAAAGUCCUGCUCAUUCUCAAUCUCCAAUGAGUGCGCCGCCAUCGAGAUCGCAGCCACAGCAGCCGCCGCAACGGCCGUCUAUGCUGCAGCAUAACCAUAGUCACAAUGCUCAGCGUAGUACCUCUGGUGGCUUCGCGGGGCAGCCUCAACAUCCUGUCCCAGGCUCAGCACAAGACCGACCGAUCGGACCGCCGAUGAAGGGGGUUUCUUUCGAUGGCACAGAUGGACCAGUGGCCGCAACCACGAACAACUACAACCCGAACAACCAGAACUUUCCGUGGGAGGAGCGAGAAGGAGGAUGGCCUUCGACCAUGGUCGGCAAGCCACAUAUGCAUUCUGCAUACAAAAAUGCCUAUUCCUCGACAGGAUUUGACAUGCUUGGCGUACUCAUGCGUGUGGCCUCGCGCGCAAACCCUGAAAUCAACAUCGGCUCCGUCGACCUGUCCUGCGCGUUUGUGGUGUGCGAUGCCGAAAAAGACGAUUUCCCGAUCGUGUACUGCUCUGACAACUUCGAACGUUUGACGGGCUACACGAAACAUAUGAUUCUGGGUCGUAACUGCCGCUUCCUGCAGUCUCCCGAUGGUAACGUCGCGCCCGGGGUGAAACGGAAGUAUGUCGAUGACGAUUCGGUGUUGUACUUGAAGAACAUGAUCAAUAUGCGUCGCGAGGCGCAAAUCUCGCUCAUCAACUACCGCAGGGGUGGGCAGCCUUUUAUGAAUUUGCUUACUAUGAUCCCCAUCUCGUGGGACACCGAUCAGGUCAAGUUCUUUGUUGGAUUUCAGGUCGAUUUAGUGGAGCAGCCAAACGCGGUCACGAACAAGAAUCCUGAUGGGUCUUACACGAUCAACUACCAGCGAGGCAUGGCAAUGCCUCGUUAUGUGGCCAAUGCUCCAGACAUUACGCACAAGACAGAUCUUGGACAGACCGUACCCCGUGACGACGUCUCGGCUAUACUCAGCACAAUUGGCAGCGGAGAAUCCGAAUAUGCUAAGCGAAUGUGGGACAAGGUCCUCCUCGAGAAUACCGAUGAUGUUGUCCAUGUCCUGUCGUUGAAAGGCCUCUUCCAAUGGAUAUCGCCGUCUGCCCUGCGUGUGCUGGAAUACGAGCCUAGCGAGAUCAUUGGCACAGCUCUGAGCUCUGUAUGUCAUCCUAGUGACAUCGUACCGGUGACGCGGGAACUUAAGGAUACCUCCACUGGCGCCUCGGUCAAUGUUGUCUUCCGGAUCAGGCGCAAGAACAGUGGCUACAUGUGGUUCGAAGGCCAUGGUUCACUGCAUACGGAGCAAGGCAAAGGCCGCAAGUCCAUCAUCAUGGUCGGCCGAGAACGACCUGUAUACACACUGAGCAAGAACGAAAUCAGCAAUGGCGGCGGCAUCGGCGAGAAUGAGCUCUGGACCAAGAUGUCGACUUCGGGCAUGUUCUUGUUCGUGUCAUCGAACGUACGCCAGCUUCUCGAUCGACAACCCGAUGAGCUGGUAGGUGUCAGCAUCCAGACCUUGAUGCGUGCAGAAUCUAAGCACGAGUUUGGCCGCAUACUAGAGCAUGCGAGAACUGGCAAGAAGGCUUCCGUCAAGCACGAGAUGAUCAAUCGCCGAGGACAGGUUCUUUCCGCCUUCACCACGCUUUACCCAGGAGAUGCAGUCGAGGGGCAGAAGCCCACCUUCAUUGUCGCACAAACAAGACUCAUCAAGUUUUCGCGUGGCAGCACAACCCAACGACCGUCGAUAUACCCAAAGCACGAACGGGCAUCCUCGGAGUCCAUACACUCCUCUGUUGUUGCCGGCAACGAGAACGCCAACAUCCCCUCCGACGGUACCACGCCCAACUCCACAAUGGCUGGCAAGACAUACAACGCAACUGAUGGCUCUGUGGCGACAUACGCUGGGCAGAACGGUCUCGUCAUUGGACAUCAAGACCAUUCGCUAGCGUCCGAAGACAACCUCUUCGACGAACUGAAGACAACCAAGUCCAGCUCGUGGCAAUACGAGAUUCGACAGCUGGAGAAGCGCAAUAGAUUGUUGGCAGAAGAAGUACAAUCAUUAAUCGCAGCCAAGAAGAAACGAAAGCGAAGAAAGGGCGCAGGUAACCAACAAAAAGACUGCGCAAACUGUCACACGCGAGUCACACCCGAAUGGCGGCGAGGUCCCAGCGGUCAGAGAGAUCUAUGCAAUAGUUGUGGUCUGAGAUGGGCGAAGCUGAACGGCCGAGUCUCACCAAGGACGUCAUCACAGGCAUCGGACAAGGCGUCGAAAGCGAGUGCCAGUCCUAGACAUCCCAGCAGCCUAAGCCAGACGCAGAACGCCGCCAAGGCCGAAGGCGACGGCAGCGCGCCGAAGGAAAGUCCCAAGACGCAGAAACUUUCACAUCCGGGUGAUGGUGGGCAUUCGGCGAGUAUGGAGGGUGCGCAUGGCGUUCCUGCUAAGAUUGAUGAGGGGGUUGAACCGGAUUGA